UGGCUGCGGGGCCGGAAGGAGGGCGGGGCGGGCGGCAGCGCUCCAUGGUGACGGGAUGGAGGGCGGCGAGCCGGGCGGCGGCGGGGGGCUCCUGCAGCAGAUCCUCAGCCUGCGGCUGGUGCCCCGCGUGGGCAACGGCACCACCACCUACUCCAGCCCCCUCUCCACCUUCCCAGAGAUGUGGUACGGCGUGUUCCUGUGGGCGCUGGUCUCCUCGCUCUCCUUCCACCUCCCCGCCGCGCUGCUGGCGCUCUUCACGCUGCGGCACCACAAGUACGGCAGGUUCAUGUCCGUGAGCCUCCUGCUGAUGGGCAUCGUGGGACCCAUCACGGCCGGGAUCCUCACAAGUGCUGCUAUUGCUGGAGUUUACAGAGCUGCUGGGAAAAAAAUGAUUCCUUUUGAAGCCCUCAUUUUAGGAGUGGGUCAGACAUUCUGUGUGGUGGUGGUUUCCUUUCUACGGAUUUUAGCCACUCUCUAGCUUUUCUUCAGACACUAGAGAUCAAAGAUGAAAGGAAGAGCAAAGGAUGUGCCACACGCUCAGUCUCUGUGAAGCAAAUAAUGAGGAAGCGCACCUCGAGGUGUACCUCGGUGUGUGCUUUCUCCACUGGGUAAAGGAUGCGCGCAGGCACAUUCCUGCCUCCGACAUGGUAGCGGAGUCUCUUAACUGUGACAGACAAGAUGCUCUUUGCAGAUUCUAAUGUGAAGGGUUGUGUGCCACAAGCAUACGUUGGGGAAUGUGGUUUCUUUAACUUAUGUUGCUUAUGUACCAGCCAUAAUGUCUGGGUUAGUUCUCUUAUGGCACUGCUGAAGCUGUGCUGCUAAGAGCAAGUAUUUACAGGCAAUGCUCCAAGCAUUGGAUGCUUUCCAACUGGAAUACACCAUUAUAUGGGUCUGCAGUCUGCUUUAGAUUUGGUUGAAGUUAAGGUAAAAAUAGUUAAUUUUGUUACGUUUUGGUAACACUAAGUGCCAAGUGAGAUUUUAUUUUUCUGGAGGAUGAGAAAAGGGCUUCUGGAGGAGGCUUAUGCACCUUUCACAGAUGAUGAAUUGUGGUAGUAACAGAAUGUAACUAAAAUGUGACACAGGCUGUUCUGGGGUAGAAACAUUACUACAGGAUGACAGGGUGUCUUCAGAGUUCAGUUAAUGCUUCAACCUCUUGCUGCUUUGUUUGCAGUGAAUCUGAAACUUUUUUAAUGUGAUUUUUUUUUAAAUAAGAAACUUAAUCUGUUUUUUUUCUCACCCCAUCUUUCUUGUAUCAGAUCUUGGUUAUAGUGAGGUUGGGGAGCAGCACAAGAAAAAAUCAUUUUAGAUAGGUGAAAAUGAAAUUUAUGUCUGAGAGCUGUGGAUGUGAAUGCUGAGGCAAGGGAAAUAAUCCUUGUAAAAAGGAUCACUGUUUUUGUAAACUUCUAUUACACUGAAACUCUUCAGACACUGUGCACCUUUUGUAAGAGAGGCAAAGCACAGCUGAAGAAGGGCUGCGCCCUGUGACCCAUACUAGAAAUCCCAGGGGGUGGGGGUGUGCCCUGUUCCUUCUCAGGCUUUGAAAAAGACGCGUAUUUUUAAAUUUCUUAGUUGUCUUCUUAAUUGCUGAAAAUGUUCACAGUGGUGUUGUGUAACUGGAGAUCUUCACUGAUUUUGUAAAUGUCGGUGGCUGGCAUAUUUAAAAUGCAGCAUGCUGCUUCAGUGGCUGUUCUAGCGAGGCCCUGCACAGCUGGUGCUGGGUUUUUGUGACUCAUGGUCUUUCGGGUGCAGAGGCAGUGAGUGUACUGCAUUAUAAAUAUUUAGCCCGCAGUGUCCCGGUGGAUUGUCUGCCUGCUAGUGUCCUGGGAAGUGCCUGGGUGAUUCCUGUGUUUCAGUGACGAGCCGUAUGAACAUAUCCCCAAAACUGACCCUUACCAGCAGGCAAUGUGAUCUCUCCUAAUGAACUGUUUUAAUUAUUUUUGUUUUAAGUGACUUUUAACUAAUUCUGAACUCUCCCUUCUUGCCUGGAGGCACACUAUGUGGUCAGGGCUCUCAGGUAGCUAGCUGUGUGCUUUCCGGGGGCUUGGUUUUUUUGGGGGGCCCUUGGGGAAGCUGAGGUUGAAUCCCACCAAUUUUACCGGGUGGCGUAGCCAGCCCCACGGUUUUGCUGUGGUCCUGAGCAUGGUCCUUAUUUGUCUAUUAUCAGCUGACAGUCACUCGGGUUGCUGAAAGAAGGCGUAAGCUGUGUCCACAGCAGAACGGCAGCUUCCAAGGACACACUUCCCAUCUGUGUUUUUACUGAACUUGCUGGGUUUCCAGAGCUUGCCUUUUGUACCUGCUCCAUUCUGUAAGGCCAGUUACCUUCUAUGAACUUCAUGUCCUCAGUGCUGAAACAACCCUAAACAGGGUCAUGCAUUUAUCAUGAGAAAGAAGUUCUCUUGAAAUGAUGACUCAUCUUGAAUUGUCUGUUGACAGCUGGUAGAGAAAGUUGUUCUUCAGGAGCUGUUUACUGAAAUUAGUCUAAAUCAUAGCUCAUAUUAAUCCAAGGAAUAAAGCUGUGCAAUUUAGGAAAUACUUUAAUGUGAAUCCUUCUCCUUAGGUGAGUGAGGUUCAAAGUGUACACAAAUGCUGCUUUAACCCUGCAGACUAUAUAAUGUAUAGUAAACACUGGAUCUUCUGAGUGCCCUAUGUGCUGAGGUGCUUGUAGAUAGCUGACCUUACCCUCUGGAGAAAGUGGGAGAAGGAGCGAUGUCAGGCUGGGCCUCUCCUUCCUUCUUCAGUUCUGCUCUGAGUGAAAAAGCGGGAAUGUAGGGGUGACGAUCUGUUUAGACUUCUUUCCCCUUUCCAACCUUCUAUUUCAAAUCACUGCAUACACAGCUCAUGUCCAGAGUGCCUGGCUUAAUUUAUGUGAACUACCCUGUAUUCUGCUGGCUGGAUUGAAGUCUUUUGUGAGACGUAGACUGGGCAGGUUUGGUCUUAGGUUUUAGACGACGCAAGAAACUAGUGUCUUGGGCACCUUCUCUGUUUCCUUUGUUCAUGACCUCGGUGUGUGGGGUGUCGUGGUAGCAAAGAUUAAGCUGAUUGUCACCGGGGAAGCACUUUGCCACUGUGCUGUGUGUUACAGUGUGAGGAGCGUGCAGGUGUGGGAGAGGACAGAGCAGAGGGAGAUGAAGCUGGAGAGGAUUUGUCCCUGGGCAGGUUCCCAUGCUGGAGCAGCUUAACCAGAAUGUUAAGGGCAUGGCGACCUCGCUGCUGGGGGUCCCUCGGGGGUCACAGAGACGGCAGGGUGGGAAUGGGUCUUGGCUUGGGGGCUGCAGUGGCCUUUUCCUUGCCGCUCAGUGGAGGACUCCUCCGCAGCAAUGGGGUUGAGACCUGCGGGACACAAAUCCUUGCUGUGAAGAGCUCAGAACAAGUGGAAAAAAAAAAUCAGUGGAUAAAACCACCCAGUGUGGGCUGCCGGAAAAUGGCCUGUUUCCUGCCUGUUGUAAUCUCCCAGCAUCUCUUUUGAGGGGAGUGUUUCACGUGAAAAGUUUGCAGCUUGGCUACAGCUUGGGUGUUGGGUGGCUGUACCUCGUGGGGCCUGUCGGUGCCCAGGUGUGGUGAGAUUUUCAGGGAAUUCUCGUGUAAAAGGUGAACAGUGAGAUGCUCACUUAUCUUAACAAGUCUUAGCCAGGGGGAUGAGGUCUCUGCAUGGCCCCGGUGAUCCCAGAGCACAGCAGGAAGCUGUGCAGGCCCAGCUCUCCUACAUGCCCUCUCCAAGAAAACCAGAUCCAAACCGAAAGGGCAAAAUUACAGGAAGAGCAGUUCUGAGUAGUUUUGAGGCACUGCGGUGCCACCUUGCCAAAAGCUGGGCAGAGCUUGCAAGAAUGGAAAUGGCUCCGUGUCCCGGAGCGGGCGCUGCUGUGAAGCCCUGUCCGCAGGGCCCAGCCAGGGGGGUCAGCCAAAGAAAAGCUGCCUGCGCUGGAGAAGGGCCGCUGCUGGAGCCCAGAUGCACAGUCCUGCUUUCUGGGUGUGGGCACAGUGUGUGCUGAUGUGCUUUAGGUCAGCCCGACUUUGUGCUUCACUAACUCUUGCAAGCAGUCACAAACAAAUCUUGGUAUGAUAGAAACUGGUGUAAAAUUUAUUUUUCUACUGACACGUCUAAUCUUGGUGGUGAUUAUCAGUAAAUUCUGUAAUGAUUAA